UGACCAAGCACCUGAUACAACUGCAGCACUUACCCACUGAGACAAACCUACUCAGCCCUGUGGAGGAGCGGGACCAAGACAAGCCUAACACACACAGAGAGGAGCCAAAGAAGGCCCAACCCAGUUCAAAAGAAUUGGUAGAUGACAGAGUCUGGAAUAUAUCGGAGAAAGCUGAACUGUUUCAGUCCAAAGUGACAUCAAAGGAGGGGUGCAAAAUUGAGGAGGAGGGAGAGGAAGAGGACCUGACAGGGAAGGACAAGGAGCCUGAGCGGGAUGUGUACACCUUUCCUGGGGACUCAGACACAGAGAGCCCCCCACCAGCACCCUGGGCACACUGCACCUUCAUCCAGCGUCGGAAGAAGAAGAGGGCSCUGCUCAGGCCCUUCUCUGGCCAGGGCUCCUGGGAACGCACAUCAACAGGAGCUGGRAAGAAGGCAAGGRGUGCUUCCUCAAGAGCAAAGAGCUUGGGGCCAGUGAAKGUGAGUGGAGGGGCCUAUGACUUUAAGGAGGACUUGGAAAAGGCAACAGAGGAUCUGGAGAAGGUAGAAGAGGAAAAAGGUGGUGAAGAAGAAGGAGGAGGAGAGGGAGAGCUUGGUGAAGAGAUUUUCACCUGUGUGGAAUGUAGCAUUUACUUCAAGAAGCAGGUCUACCUGCAGGAUCACAUGCAAGAGCACAGUCAGAGCAGGCCGGGGGCUGUCAGGAGGGAGCGCGGAGUGAAGGGCGCGCGAUUUCGGUGCGUGGAGUGUGGAUGGAACCUGUCAAACAGGCUGGCUCUGGCAGACCACCACAGACGACACCAGGAGUCUCGUCAGAAGAUCCUGGAGGAGAUUGGGAAGCUGAGUGACAGUGGGAAAGGAGAGACUACGCAGGGUGAGCCGAGCAAGGUGACCAAACCUGCAAGCCCAGUCCUAGAACCAUUUGUAGCUCCAGUCACGACUCCAGCUCCAGUCCCAUUCACAGAGCCAGUCCCAGCUCCAUUCACAGAGCCAGAUCCAGUCCCAGUUCCAGUCCGGGCCCCAGUCAAAGCUCGAGCCAAAACCCCAGUCAAAGCAAAGGUCAAAGGCCCAGCCAAUCGUCGCUAUCUCUGCCUCAAGUGUGACUUCAGUACACGCACCUCACAGGCAUUGGCCAACCAUGCCAAGACCCACAACAGAAAACCUACUGGUCUGCAGCGAGCCUCUCCGCGCUUUCAGCCAAAGCUCACUCCUAUGGAGCUGCCCGUGUCACCUGGAUCUGCCUCUGGCCUGACCUCCAUCUCUCUCACUUGUGAUCAGUGUGCCUUCCAGGCCUCCAGUCAAACUGCUCUGAAGGAGCACCAACACGUGGCUCACCCCGCGCAGACAUCCAUCUGUGGGGAAGGGCCUGAAGAGAUGAACCGUCCAGGGUCCAGAAUUGAUGCCUCCUCUCCACCAUGUUCUGAUAAGCUUUCUAAGCCUGUCUCUCCACCAGAGGGCCAAAGMCAGUCAAAGGCCAGUAAGUCUUCCUCUAGUUGGAUCUCUGCUAUGGAGGACAGUGACACACAGCCCCAACCAUCAAACACUGCUACAGCUCCCCAGCGUAGAGAGAUAGCSUUUAAGACCAUCGGGAACAAGAGGGCAAAUAGGAGAGGGAAGGCGGGGACAGAACUCCUCCAGCCAAAUCCCAGACUGGACAGCGGGCCACCUGAGACCGAUGAUGCACAAAGCCAGGGCCAGAGCCCCGAUAUGAACCAAAAAGAGACUGAAUCACUUGUUGGAUCCAAACCGCUCACCAGGGCUCGAUCCCUCCGAGAUGACUCCUCUCUAAAACAACAGAGCCUCACAGCCUCAUGYUCUACAGAAGGGAAGCCCGUGAAGGAAGAGGAAGAGGACGGGGAGACAAAGGUUGCUUUUGAAAAGAAGAGUAACAAGGUUUUUGCUGCUGAAAAUGACGAUGAUGAUGACAACGAUGAUCAUGACGAAGAAGAGGAAGAGGAGAAUAUCCGGCGUUUCCUAGCGGAGGGCAUAUCAGAUGAGGAUUAUGAGGAGAUUGAUGAGGAAACGGGGACACUGAAGAGCGUGGAGAGGAAAUGCCCCUACUGCCCUGAUCGCUUCCACAACGGCAUCGGGCUGGCCAAUCACGUGAGGGGCCACCUCAACCGAGUGGGCGUCAGCUACAACGUGCGCCACUUCAUAUCCCCUGAGGAGGUCAAUGCCAUUGAGAAGAAGUUCUCCUACCAGAAGAAGAAGAAAAAAGUUGCCAACUUUGACCCGGAUACGUUCAGUGUGAUGCGCUGUGAGUUCUGCAAUGCUGGCUUUGACACCCGGGCUGGUCUGUCCAGCCACGCCAGGGCGCACCUGCGGGACUUUGGGAUUACUAACUGGGAGGUGACUGUCUCGCCCAUCCAUAUCCUCCGGGAGCUCUUCUCCAGCCGCCCAGACCUGGUCCUCCCCACAGCCCCCCCACGCAGCCCAGCCUCAGACGAGGAGGAGGAGGAAGACCUGGAGACGGAGGAGGAAGAACCAGGGGGAGGGGAGGGGAGUGAAGAGGCAACAGGUGCUACAGUCUCCAACCUACUGCCAUCGUCGCCUUCUCAGCCUUGGGAGAAAGACCACAGCGUUGGUGAGCCUGAAGGCGGGGAGGAGGAAGAGCAGAUGCCAGCACUGGACAGCUUGACCUCCAGCCCAGGGAGGAAGGGUCUGUUUUCCCUGGACCCAGAGAGCCCCUCCCCGAGGGAUGAAGCUGACAUCAAGGUGUCCAACCUGUUAAAGUGUGAGGUGUGCAGUGCCCCCUUCGAGACGAGGCGGGGCCUAUCUAGUCACGCCCGUUCCCACCUGCGCCAGCUGGGCAUCGGCAUGUCGGAGAGUAGCGGGGCACCCAUCGACCUCCUCUACCAGAUCACCAAGGAGCGCGGUCUGGAUGGGCACUUCCCCCCUCCCCUCCCCCGGCCCCCCGUCGCCAAGAAGCCCCUUCAAGUCCUGCCAACCCCACGGAAAGAGGAGAGAUUUCAAGACACAGACAUGGACGAGAAACCCAUCCCUCUCUUCAUCCCCCCUCUGCUCGAUUGGUCACGCCUUAGUUUAGCGGUGCAUGUGUACGGGGGCAAAAUGGCUGCUUCCACCUCCCUGCAGACACAAACAAUAGCGGAAAAACUGUCUGGCUUUAGCUGCUGGGAGUCCGAUGCACCACAGCUACUGACCGGCGGGGAGGAGGAAGAGCAGAUGCCAGCACUGGACAGCUUGACCUCCAGCCCAGGGAGGAAGGUGUCCAACCUGUUAAAGUGUGAGGUGUGCAGUGCCCCCUUCGAGACGAGGCGGGGCCUAUCUAGUCACGCUCGUUCCCACCUGCGCCAGCUGGGCAUCGGCAUGUCGGAGAGUAGCGGGGCACCCAUCGACCUCCUCUACCAGAUCACCAAGGAGCGUGGUCUGGAUGGGCACUUCCCCCCUCCCCUCCCCCUGCCCCCUGUCGCCAAGAAGCCCCUUCACGUCCUGCCAACCCCACGGAAAGAGGAGAGAUAUCAAGACACCGACAUGGACGAGAAACCCAUCCCUCUCUCCAUCCCCUCCCCUGUGGCCUCCCCUCCCCCCUCCUCCCUCAUCAGGGCCUGCUCCCCUUCUCCUGUGGUGAGGAAGGCCCCCAUCUCUUCUCUGCUGCCUGUGUCCUCCCCCCUGCGCUGUCUGGACCAUAAGCCUGUAGGGGUGAAGAGCACCACCUCUAACCUCUCUGCCAAACCCUUCUGGGCUCCACAAGAGACKGAUGCCCCACUCAACCUCACAUUGGAGGUAGACCCCAACAAGGACAUAGUGUGCCAGCUGUGUGGCGCCUGGUUCGAGACGCGGAAGGGCCUGUCCAGCCAUGCCCGAGCCCACCUGCGUCACUUUGGGGUGGAGUACUCGGAGUCCAAAGGUUCCCCCAUAGACCUCCUCAACCAGCUCAUUCACACUGAUGACUUCAAGCACAGAGCCAGCACCCUGCAGCCUGAGGGGCCCCARGGRCUCAGGGGCCUCACAGCCAGMCUCUCCUCCCCCAAACGCUCCCUCCUCACCACCUCCUCCACASCUCUCCUCUACAAGGUCACUACGAUGGGGGGYGGAUCUGGGUCCAAAGCUAYCUCUUCCUCAGCUUCCUCAAUGUUUGGCCCGCCCUCCAAACGUCCCAAGUCCUCCAAAUUACAGGUCUUCCGUUUGAGUGGCGGGGAACUCACRCCCAUCCCCCACAGUGAACCAGUGAARGAGAUYGGCUGUGAGUUCUGUGGGGAAUACUUUGAAAACCGUAAAGGCCUCUCYAGUCACGCGCGUUCCCACCUGCGCCAGAUGGGCAUCACAGAGUGGACAGUCAACGGUUCCCCCAUAGACACCCUGCGAGAGCUGAUCACACGUCGAGGUCUACCAUGCGCCCUGCCCCUCAAGCCCCUAAAAUCUCCCCCUCCAUCCCCCGGACCCCCUCGCUCCCCCUUGUCCUCCYCUGCCUCGCCCAGCCUCCUGAGUCGCCUCCCUUUUGCCUUCGCCCACCCACCCAGCCACCAGUCCACAGUGCGUAAGAUGGGCUCAGCUCCACCGGCCUCCCCUAGCCUGAUAGUCAAGCUGAAGCCUGAGCCUAUGCAGCUGGAAGUCACCAUGCCAGGAGCGGUGGGGGGAGCAACGGGAUACUCCUCUGAGCCACUGAAUUGCAGCUGGAGCRGCUCCGACAAUAUGCUCCCUCUUAACUUGGUCACAGCCCAUGAAGUAGAGCCCACUCGGGACAUCCGCUGUGAGUUCUGUGGGGAGUACUUUGAGAACCGUAAAGGUCUCUCUAGUCACGCCCGUUCCCACCUGCGCCAGAUGGGCAUCACAGAGUGGACAGUCAACGGCUCCCCCAUAGACACCCUGAGAGAACUCAUGCACAAGAAUGGGGGCACCUCGUCCCCAGCCCCGGGGCUGAAGAAGGAGACCAGCCAGGGGUCCAGCCCCACCUGGGAAGGCCUGGUGGGGGGCCUGGGUUACCAGUCGCCCAAGUUCUCCCGCAAAUCCCCCCUCAACCUGCUGCACUCUGGCUCCCGGCUUCAUAAGCACGGCCUGGGGGCGGUGGGCCUCUCCUCCACCCCUCCCGCYGGGAAGUUUUUUGCGGUGUCCCUGCUGGGUAAGAGACCCAUGWCGGAGGAGGGCCGUCCAGUUGAGAGGUCACCAUCCCACCCCCAGUCCUUUUCRCCCCUGCCACAUGACCUCUCCAUCAAAGGGAAGUCCUCUCCAGACAAGAAUGCGGGAGGRCACCUGGAUGCCAGCUGUGAGCUGUGUGGGUUCUACUUUGAGAACCGCAAGGCGCUGGCUAGCCACGCGCGGGCCCACCUGCGGCAGUUUGGCGUGACAGAGUGGUGUGUGAACGGUUCGCCCAUCGAGACGCUGAGUGCCUGGAUGCGCAGCCGGCCCCACAAGGUGGUGGAGAUGCACCGCAGCUACAUGCAGGKCUCCAGCCGCUCCACCUCCAAGAAGAAAAGCAGCUCGUCUCUCUCCCCAUCGUCCGACUCUGACCUCCUCCCCCCCAUGCCCUCCCAGAAGCAUUCCUCCUCCUCCCAGUGGGCGGCUCUGGGGCUGGCCCAGGCCAGACGGGUAGGCCGGGAGCUCACCCUGGCAUCACCCCGGGCAGCAGAGGGUGAUGCAGGUCUCACUCCCCCCUCCCGACCCAGCCACAGCAGUCACAGUCCCAGCCCCGCCCGACUCUCCAACACCCUCCCUCCCCACACACAGGUGGCCCGCAGCGAGCUCAACGUGCGCCUGCCCAGAGGCUUUGAGCGGCGACCUCUUAAACACCCCUCSCACUCAGAGGGAGGAGAGAGGGACAGUGGCACCCCCAAGCCCCCUCGCACCGGCACCAUUCCUGCCCUGGUGCCCAAACCCCCUUCCUCCCCCCUGGUCAAAGUGGUGGGAAAGAUCUACUCCCUCAGGUGCCGGUUCUGUGAGGUGGAGUUCCAGGGUCCUCUCUCUGUGCAGGAGGACUGGAUCCGCCACCUCCAGCAGCAYAUYCUCAACCUCAACUACAACAAGCCUKCUCCCUYUGCCACRGACCCCCCAGCCCAAGACCACAACCCAACCUCAACYUCAGUCCCAGCCACUACYUCCAGCUUCACCACAACUCCUGCCCCCACCUCAACCCCACCCUCCAUCCACACCCACACCACAGCUCCUACUGUUCUCCCUCCUUGCAGCCCCUCUCCUCCCCCAAUGGCUGAGUCUGCUCCAAUUGUCACUGCCAUUCCAAUGGCAACAGCCUCAGCAGAGUCCACCCYCACCCUCACCCCAAUCAUGAUCCCCAUCCCCACCCCGUCAUUGUAACGCCCAGGUCCAUUACAAUCCACACAUUCUUCUAACCAUUUUGUUCUGCCACAUCUUUGCCAUGCCUUUUUUCCAUCCACUUGUUCCUUCGGCCUCACCACUGGGAACCUGUUGUUGAAGUGUUUUAAAAAGAAGCUUUCCCCCGACGAGCUCUCUCAUUCCCCAGCCUCUCCUAGGAAGCUCUGCAGAUGGUUACAAAGCCCCAUUGCCAUGGGAACCCAAGCUCUCCUGACCAGAGUGGGUGAUUGCAAUUGUCUAGGGCUUCGGAGUCUGCUGUUUCUUCUUUGUUUGGACUUGUUUGAGCUGAAUGUUCAGUUUGUAACGUGGACAGUUACACUUCCUGCCGCUCAGUGGUUAACCGAGAGGUUAACUUAAACCAUAUUGAACUUUGACCUAUCUCCCUGCUCUAAACAGUUCUUUAUAUAGACCUGAGAGGCUCCGCCCAUUUAUAUUUGAAGCACUUAAGAGGAGCACACUCAUGGCUCCUGCUUCACUCCCCUCAACAACAUUUUAAAAGGAGUUUAAAUAAUGUUUUGUAUUCAUGCUUAGUCUAUGGUACAGACUUAAAAAGCCCAUUUACACGUCAUUUUGAUAAGGGAAUUUUAAUGUAGACAAUGUCACCUAGCACUUAACUAAAUGCCCCAUUGAUUAGGGCAGUGAUGAYGAGGAAAAGGCCCCUUUGAGAGAAAAGGAAGGACCCUGUAGAGGAUGCAGCACCUUGAAGGGACGUCCCAUUCACCUUAGUGUUAGGCUGACAGGUGCAGUCACACAGUAACUCUUAAUGUUUUCUGAAUGUAGUUAAAGGGAUAGUUCACCCAAAUUACAUAUUGGUUUCCUUAACCUGUAAGCAAUCUAUGGACAAGGUAUCACAGMAAUCCAUGCUGUGGUUUAGUUUCAUUGGCACCCUUUCCAAAUGUUGUGGYACAAAUCCCAUUUAAGUCAUGGGUACAAGAUAUUAGCAUUUUUCAAACAUCAUGUCCAAAUCAUUCGGAAAGUGUCUAAAAUUGAUUGUAAAGCACAACAAAGUCACUUAUAKAUWAAUGCUGAUAUCRGUCCCAUGGGAUUUGUGCCACAAAUGCUAAAACGUUAGCAUUUGAAAACAGUGGCAGGGAAACUWAACSAAAGCAUGGAUUGCUGUCAUACCUUAUCUAUAGACUGUUUACAGGGUAAGGAAACCAAUGUGUAAUUUUGUAAUUUGGGUGAACUAUCCCUWUUAAUGCACUUAUUMUUUGAGAYGACUGUGCCAUAUUAAAUUAGACUGGUCAUUAUGUUAUUCCAUAGUUUGAUGUCCCCAACACUGUUUAGCUAAYGGCAUUUAAGCUCUUGAUGAUACUCAUCUAUUCUUUAGAUGAAAGGGUCCAUAGAAGURUUGAAGGUCAYUAUUUCAAGUUUYAAUGCGGACACACAUACAAAUGUUGCCAUUUCUUUCUUGCCUUGUCAAUGAAACCCAAAACCUUGGUUGUUAUUUAUUAUACAUUUGAAUGUGGUGAACUAGGUUGUUUUUAGGCUCAAUUAGAACAUUGGAAUGUUUGAAAUUAGGUCAGUGACACUUUUAUCUAAGUGCAUAAGCUAUGUGUGUUUGUUUGUGUGUGUGUGUGUGUGUGUGUGUGUUUUUUUGCACAAGAUGUGCAUGUGUAUGUCUUUCAAUGACUUUUAAAUGCUAGACAGAGGUCAACCGUAGCUAACACACAGGACCUCUCCGUAGCUAAAAUCUAGCUAAUCAUGGGAUCUGGUCUAUUAUUUAGUCUGAUCAGGACUUGACUGCAUCCGCCAUUCUCCUAAGGAUGUGCCAAAGAGUGUGUUUACUCCCUGGUCUCGCCUCUGUAAGCUGUUUACAUGGGACCUGUUCAUAGGGAGGAGCUCUGCACAGCUACGGAGCAACCAAGGCUCCUCAUUGGACGAGGGACAUGUAUCGGUGUACAUCUGGAUCCAGUGUCUCCCAGUAURUGAACCACAGAGUUGACUGACUGUUGCAGUGACAUACAUAAGCGGCCUUGGYUUCAUGGAACUGUUACACUACUGCAUUAUUGCACCCAGKACACGGACGCCCAYAGAGGUUGCUAUCUGUCAGAGCUCUGUGAAGUAUUGGUGCCCUUAAAUCCAGACRCAUUACGUAWGGCCUCUGGUGGAACAGCUUCUAAAUUGGGGCGACGCUGUCGCUCCAGCGUGUCUUCACAUUGCUUCAGGUAAGUGUUUAUAUUGCCUGCAAAGUGACGCAAUAACUGAAGAGUCCAUAUGGAAAUUAACUUUUCAAGUUUGUUCCAGCAUUAAACUAUGUUGAAAACAUGACUGUUUGACCCUAACAAUCCCCCAUACCUUUUAUGGAAUAUAGAUACGUAUAUAUAACUACAUGUACUUAUGAAACUGUUGAUGCUAUUAGAGCUAUUAACAGUUCUAUUAACAGCUAGUUACAAAACRAAUGGAUCUUGAUUCCUUUURUCGUGAUUUAGUUUCAACCUUCUAUGACAUGUCUUUUUAUUGCUCUGUGCAUUUCUGUAUUUGCAGUCCAGGAGGUGAAACCUUGAUGAGUAUUUUUUAUUUUCUUUGUUAGCUAGUUUCUCUAAGCKGAACAUUGGUGCUCAUGAGAAUGGGAUGGUGAGGAUGGGGAGUGACUGAAGACAGGAGAAAAUKWGUGAUUGUCGUGUCCUAAGAUCAGAGGACUCUAAAUACUUCAGUCUUUAAAGGGGACCACUUUUGCACGUUCAGAUUUUUYUCCACCAGUGAGUGUUCACAUCGUGAUAGGGUUAGCCUCUGGCAGGUUUGUGACUGUGUUACCGUGUAAGAUGAGUUUCCGCUGGUGUUACAACUAAGUCCCCUUUAAGAUUGCCUGUGURUACCCCUCAGCUGGUAUGACUGGCUGCAGAGGGUUGGUGUGUGUGUGAAUGAGUGUGUGAGUGCCUGUGGAGAGCUAAGACCAUGAUCUGAUGAUGAUAAUAAAAAUAUUAAAGAAUUGUACUGUACACAAAUGAUUGAGGUUCAUGUGAAUCAGCUCCUGAACAAACAUUAAAUGUGAUUUCAAACUCA